GCGGGGCUUGAGGGUUCUCCUUGAGCACCGGGCUCAAGGCUUUGCGGCCUAGUCGACUGGAGCGAAGGGGCGGCAUGGGCGGAGGAGGCAGCGCCCCGCGGAGGGUGACCUUCGAGGCGGACGAGAACGACAACAUCACGGUGGUCAAGGGCGUCCGGUUGUCUGAAAAUGUUAUAGAGCGCAUGAAGGAGCCUUCUUCACCUGGUGGAAGGUCUCAGCAGAAAGCUGGGUCAAGUGGUCAUAGCUCGAUUGGAGGUAAAUCAGUGAAUGAAGAAGACUUGAAGAAAAGAAUAGCUGAAGAAUUGGCAUUGGAACAAGCCAGGAGAGAUGCUGACGCUCAUAAAAGAAUAAAACAAGAUCAAAUGCACAUGCGAGAUGAAAUUGGCAAAGUUCUUGAGCGGGAAAGAGCUGCUUCAAAUGAACAUCUGGCCCGAGCCAUUCUUAGAGAGAGAGCUGCAACUGAAGAAGAACGUAUGAAAGCACAACUCUUGGAGAUGGAAAUUAAGGCCAAGCAGCUGGAAGAGAAAGACAGAGAGCUGAAGAAGCAUGAUGCCUACUACAAAGAGCAGCUGGCUCGACUGGAAGAGAGGAGCGCACAGUUCUACAAAGUCACCACAGAGCAGUACCAAAAAGCUGUCGAUGAAGUAGAUGCCAAAUUCAAGCGAUUCAAGUCAACCCCGGUGUGUGCCGACCUGCAGAGCAAAAUCCUCCAGUGCUAUCAGGAGAACUCCCAGAAGACACUCAGCUGCUCAGCCCUGGCCAGCGAGUACUUGAAGUGUGUAAACCAUGCCAAGCAGAGUGCCACCAGGACCUGGUAGGAGUCCACACUGUUACUCUUCUCCCAGCUGCCAACACAGUUUCUGAGAGAGCAUGGCUGGCCGUGGAGGAUAAAGCCCGCUCUACAUCAAGUGUCAAUCGAUCAACUCCAAUUCCAGCAGCAGAACGGGGUGUUUCAUUCAAGAGCUACCUGACAGCCCAUUUCCAGGGCAGACAGAGAAAGCGAGCAAAUCCAGAAGGGCCAAAUCAAGACUGGUGGACAUCUCGGCUCAAUCAACGUGGCCAAGACCUGUAUCUUCCUACAGUAGAAAUUGCACAUCCCAGGGCAGCUAGUAAAACUGACUUACCGGUGAUUGAAGGAAGGCAAGGCCCAGAACUUCCACUGACCUUAAGAGGGGCUAAGAUAUCUGAUUCAGAUGUUUGCCAUGCUGCCAGCUGCUUUUCAGAGUUUGCCUUGGCUGCCUGCUGUGUUCUUCCAAAUACUUUGUUUUCCUUUGCAUAAUCAUGAGGAUGUUGGUUUAAUUUAUUGCCAGAAUUAUGUUGCAGAAAGGGUCAUCUGUCUUCCACCUCCUCUGCUGGAAUCAUGUUUUGAAAAUCUCCACUGCAUGGGAGUUCAUUGAUUGCAAAUUAUAAUUCUAAUAAGGUGUUUGAUUGCAUUGUAAUGGUAACCUGUGAUAGUGAUGAGCUAUCGUCAAAUACUGACAAUGAUGUUCUCUUGGUAUGAGUAAUAAAACACAUUUUAUGAA